AGGGGCUGGAGUUUGCUCUAGCUUAUCAGUCCUGCCCCUUCCACCUCAGCGGGCCCCAAAUAUCUCUUCUGUUCAUGGGACAGAGAACUGGGCAGAAAAGGAGGACUGAGGAGCUACCAAGCCUGCCCAACUAUUCUUCUCAAUGAUGCGACUAUAUGGGUACUCUGUUCCAGACAUGCAUGGCCUCAUGCGUGGCCUCAUUGUAAUGUCUGUGCAGCUACUUUGCUGUCACCUGCUGUGUCCUGUGGAUGCCAUUUCAGACAGAGAGCCAACAACUGUCUCCACCAUGCCGCUUUCCUCGGAGCUGGGGUACCAACUGCCCUCCUCAGACCCCUUCUCCUGCCAGGUCCUGCUCCCAGAGUCCCUGCCUGGCUUCACUCACAUGCCCCCUCUCCCCAAGUUCCUGGUAGGCCUGGCUCUGAGGAACGCUCUCGAAGAAGCUGGCUGCCGGGCUGAGGUCUGGGCUCUGCAGCGUAAGCUUUACCGACUGGGCGGUGUGGCGCCUACAGAAGCCCUCAUCCGCCAUCUUCAAGAGCUCCAGAAAGACGGACAUGUGGACUGGAAGGUGUCCGUGGAUGCCCUGUCCUCAGCUCUCCAGCUCCUAGCCUGGGAGCAGCCAGGUCUGAAGAGGGUCCCGCGCUCCCUUUCUCAGCCGGACUGUGAGAACGAGCAGGAACAGAGCGUGCACGACGUGGUUGGGCAGCUGCCUGCAGUGGGGACCUACUACAACCUAGGCACGGCUUUGUAUUACGCCAUUCGGAACUGCCCUGACAAGGCCAAGGAGCGAGGCCAGGAUGGGGCCAUAGAUCUGGGUUAUGACCUUUUGAUGGCCAUGGUGGGUACGUCAGGGGGACCAACUGGUGUGGUAAUCAUUGCUGCUCUUAAACCAGCAAUGAAGGCUGGGGUUCAGCGGCUGAUCCAAUAUUAUUAUGAUGAGAAAGAGGCGAGCACCCCUCAGCCAAAGAGAACACUAGAUGGCACCUCAGACAGCAGUGGCCUGGAAGAAAUGACCAUGGCCACUUUGGUGCCAGUUGAAAGUACAGAUUCUUACCGGGGACAGGCCUUACUCAAGAACUAUGGUGUCUUGGCAUACAAGAAAUAGCAACAGCAUGACCAGUAAACGGAAAAAUUCUGACAAGAGGAGUCUACACGCGUGGGUGGGUGGGUGGGUGAGUGGAUGGGUUUAGGGUAUUGUUAUCACUUGCCAGAAAUUCCCUUCUUGAGUUUCAGUUUUUACAUUUCUAAUGUGGAAAUAGAGAAUUUUCACUUGAACAAGAGGUUAUUGAAAUUAAAAAGUGAUACCAUGAA